AUAUAUAUAUCUAUUUGUUUGUGUAUAAUGGAACUCAUCAGCCAUAGAGUCAACAUGGAAUACUUGAAGCUGUUUUUACUAUUUCCAUUGUAUAUCUUUGUUGGAACGACGAAAAUAUAUGAAAGCGAAACUGGCACUUUGAAAUAUUAUAUUGAUUUAAUCAACAAUGGUGUCAAAGAAGCCAAUAACUACGUAUUACCCACAGAUGCACGCAUGUAUGAACCAACAGAUAAUGUUAUAAACGAUUAUGGUAACUACGAUUUUAUAAUCAUUGGUGCCGGAGCAAGUGGUACAGUACUAGCAAAUAGGUUAUCGGAAAUAACAUCAUGGAAAAUUCUUUUAGUAGAAGCUGGAGACUUUUCUGAUGGAGGUUUGUUGAACAUUCCAGCAUAUUAUGAGUACCAGGCCCAAUCUAAAUACAAUUGGGGUUAUAAGUCUGUGCCUCAAAAAACCUCGUGUCUUGGUAAUCCAAACAAUAGCUGUUCCAUAUACUGUGGAAAAGGAGUAGGAGGUGGAACUUUGAUAAAUGGAUACUUUUAUACUCGUGGUCCACGUGAACAAUACAAUAAUUUAGCUAAAUCGAUAGGGGAUCCAUCUUGGAACUAUGAUAAUUUAUUACAGUAUUUUAAAAAAACUGAAUAUUUUAAUAGGAACAACCCGCAUAUUCCGAUAAAUACGUCGUAUCACGGACAAGUUGGUUUAUUAAAUGUUCAAAGUGCGAACUACAAUGAAAAAUUUGCUAAACCAUUUUUUGAUGCAAACAAAGAACAAGGGUAUUCCAUGGUCGAUUUCAACGGACCCAGUAUGAUAGGCACUGCUGUCAUUCAACAAUUCAUGAAAUUUGGUAGAAGGGAAGAUUUUGGAAACGUGUUCAUAACACCAUUCCUUGGAAGGUCUAGUUUGGAAGUUACUACAAGAAGUUAUGUUUUAAAAAUUGAGAUAAAUAGCGUAACUAAAAUAGCCGAAAGUGUUUUGUUUACUAAAAAUGGAAAAAUUUAUCGAGCAAAAGCUUCAAAAGAGGUCCUAUUAUCGGGCGGAACUGUAGCCAGUCCUAAAAUUCUUAUGCAUUCAGGGAUAGGACCAAAAAAUCAUUUAGAAGCUUUAGGUAUUGGUGUGAUUCAAAAUUUAGAAGUAGGAAGUCAAUAUAAAGAUCACGCCUAUCUAUCAAUACCAUUUUCUACUGAUAUUAAAUUACAAGAGACGCCUUUUCCUGUAAAAUUAGCACAAUACUUACAUGGUUACGGUGAUCUAACAGCUGCGACUCAAACUGUGGGUUUUUUUCAAAUAAAUAGAAAUCCCAGUGACAUACCAGAUUUUGAAAUAUAUUCCUUUUUGGAUCAAAAUGUAACGGCGACAUUGCAAUCAGAAGUUCAAACAGUCAAAAACAAAAAUAUUAUUUAUAUAUUAUCAUAUUUGGGCUCGAAAUCAACAGGUUCACUCCGAUUGAAAAGCAAUAGUCCAUACGAUUACCCAUUAAUAGACCCUAAUGUACUUUCCGACGUUAAUAACGAGGAUAUAGACGGAAUGUACCACAGUUUACAAUACCUUUUUAAGCUUGCGGAAACUAAACCUUAUAAACGGUACAAGUUUAAGUCUGCGCCUGAGCGUCCUCCAGCAUGUGCAGUUUACCAAUACAAUUCCAAAGAUUACUGGCAAUGCUAUAUAAGACACACUAAUACAUAUGGACUGCAUAUGACAAGUACAUGUGCUAUGGGUACCGAUCCAACGAAAGGGGCAGUUGUCGAUACAAAUUUGAAAGUUUUCGGUAUAAAAAACCUAAGAGUUGUCGAUUGCAGUAUUUUUCCUGAACCUAUAAUAGGACAUUCGACUAUUCCAUGUGCAACGGUAGCUGAAAAAAUUAGUGACGUAAUCAAAAUUGAUUAUGGACAAACUGUAUUUUUAGAUUAAACAUUAUAAAAAUAUAUUUUACAACUGCUAA